GUCCAAAGCAUUCAGCCCCCACUCCCCACCCACACCAGGCGUCGGCACUGCCGCAGUCGACGAUCGGGGCGUAUGCGUGAUUAACAUAUUAAAACCCAAACAUACCCUCCCUCCCACAAUCCACAUCUACACAACCGCUCUUCCUCUCCCUUCCCACAAUGUCCUCCCCUCUUCUUCCGUCAACCUCCGCCCCCGCCUCGACAGUCCGCAACUACAUCACACAAACCCUCAUAACAACACAUGCAGUCACACCAGAUGUCGCCGAACUCGUCGCCGAGAAAUGGGAUAUCGGGCGCGGGCACGAGUUUCGACAGGCCUCGCUCGGCCAUCUCCAGCGCGUGUUUGGGGAUAACGUCGGGCUGUGCCUGUACCAUGCCGUUCGCGAGGCGAGCCCUGCGCCUGUGGAAGUGACCAGGUUGCAGGUUUGGAGUUUGGCCGCCGCCGACAUAACAGGCCUCCUCCUCAUGGGCGUCGUCAUCCUGCGCUUCAUGCCGAGCGUCCUUGGACUAGGGGAUCAGCGAGUAGAUCCGAUCAUGUGGGCGGCAAACCCGGCCUGGUGGCUCGCGUUUGGAGUCUGUGCGGUCAACGCUGCCUAUCAGCGACGGAUACAGAGUAUCAGGGAUGGACUCCUACUGGUCGGGGGGUGGCUGGCAUUUUUGGUGGGGAUUAAGCUUGCGCAGAGGUGAUUAAGAAGAUAAGUGGGGUUUAGUUGUUCUCGAGAACAUGAUCUGUGUUUUAACUUGCAUAGUUUCCUAAUGGGUAGAUCUCAUUGUUUAUAUUUUGUUUGCUAUCGCAAACGUCGCAG